AGUCAACUAGGAUUAGCAUUCUAAACAUAUUCGCUUGACAGUAUUUUAAGUUUGGACAUUUUUGUCUAAAAGACCAAUAGCCGGCUCGUAGUUCUCAGCAUCAAUAGCAUUUAAUUGUUUACUUAUAAACAGAUGACGUUGAAAGUGAGAAAAGAUUAAGUUACAGCUCAAGGAAAUUUAUACUCAAGCUUCGAAAAGACGACCAAUUAACUGACACAAAACUCUUCUAUGAAGUUCCAAACCUCGGAAUAGCAGGGAUUGCUGGACGUUGGCUGCUCUUUACAAGAAAGAACUCGUUGUAUAAGUGAGCAUUCUGACACACUUUUCAUACAGCAAUGGACAAUAGUGAAGUCGAUAAUUUGCAGCCAGUGACGAGAGAACAUUUGGAUUUCAAGCUGGUGAGAGAUGAUUUCAAUGAACAUGAUGUUGCUCGAUCUCUUAAAACAAUUAAUGGGCUGGAGGAAGAGAUGACGAAAAAUGAUAAUGUUUAUACACACAGGAAAAUAGAUCAGUGUGAGCUAAGACCCAUCAAAGGAGGACUCAGUGAAAGCGAUAGAGCCGGGGUAAGCUUGAAACUCCCUGGAAACGAGGACAUAAACAGUAACCAUGACGACAAGAAAAAUGGUGGCGAUGAUUGCACUAAGCCAACGGAUGAUCACAGUGACCAAAGAGACAAUACAAUUGGCAGUAGUAGAUAUGGUUGUAAUGAUGAUGGUGAUAGUGAUGGUGAUAGUGAUAGUCAUGGUAAUGAUUAUCAUAAAGGUGAUGAUGUUGAUGAUAAUGAUGGGGAAAACAUGGAGGGUGGUAGUGAAGUCAUUAUUGAAGACAACUGUGAUGGUGAUGAUGAUGUUUGUGAUCAAACGAGUGAUCUUUGUGAUGUCGAUAAAACUGGAGGUUGUUACGACAGGCGUUAUAGUAUCGCAAGCUACACCGAUGAAAAUCAAUUUCCUCAGCAAGUAAUGAACCAAAACAUUGCUGAAGAUGAGAAUAAAGGAAGAGACUACUCAGCCAUUGACAACAGACAUCCUUGUAAAGAUAAAAGCGGAAGUUCAGACCACAAAUCGAGUCCUUCUUUUGCUAAAGAGACAGAGCAUGUUCGAAUCAGGUCUGGAUCUCAGGUUAAUGAAUGCAGAGAGUAUUUAGAACUGCGAAUUAUCAGCUCAUUAAGUAAACCAGAAAAUGAUUUACAGGACAAGAAGUUAGACAGGAAUGGCUGCGAGGAAUGUAGCGACCUUCAGGGGACUUGUGCGCACGCACUGUGCGCAACAGCCUCGUCUGAGAGCAUUUCCAGAGAAGAAAAUGUAGAAGAGGCUUUCGUUCCUCACAGUGACGUGGUCAGAAAAGCUUUGGCAUUUUCUAUGGCCCCUAAAGUAGUGGAAGUAGAAAGCUCCAAGAACUUUCAAGGAAAGGUAGAUCAAGCCUUAAGGUAUAAAUUGGAUAUGCACGAUUUCAAGCGAUCUUCGAAAAGAGUUCACAAGGAUUUUUAUGUGAUAUUUCCUGGUCGAGUGAUUGAUAUUCCUCACACCUGUUUCCUGCAUUACGAAGAUUACCGCGACGCUGUCAUUCAUAACUACGCAGUAAAGCACGCGGACAUUCACUCUGUGCUUACAACGGACACAUUCGAUUACUUCAUGGAAGCUUUGAUCAAACGCCGAGUCAUCAAAGGCACGAGAGGAUUGCGCAAUAGAUACAACUCGGUCAAAGAAGUGCGGGGCACGAGAUCGAGGUUUGCGCAUCGCGAACAGGAGAAGCACGUGCAAAGGCCGAAAAGGACUGUGGGAUGUAUGUGUAGAAGAUCAAGAAGACCAAAAAAAAGGACUCGUGCGGCUGCCGGGGAGGAACUGGGACUAGUGACCAGAAGGCGCGGGAUGCUAGGUUUGAUGCUUGCGCCUAUUUUGCGUGCGAUAAGAAAGCGUUUCUAGGAAUAAGCGUUUCUAAGAAUUGAAGCGUGCGAUAAGAAAGCGUUUCUAGGAAUUGAAUGUACGCUAUCCUGAAAGAGGAACAUGGCGCGCGUGUUUGGCACCGCGCUCGUUCCCUUUUUUUAACCCUCAAGAAGCCCCGAGUAUAUCUCUCCCUCCCUCCCUCCCUCCCUCCCUCCCUCCUCUCUCUCUCUCUCUCUCUCUCUCUCUCUCUCUCUCUCUCUCUCUCUCUCUCUCUCUCUCUCUCUCUCUAUCAAAUUCUCUCAAACUUAUUGAUGUUUUCAAGAAUAUUAACUUGGUGCGUGGCGCAUAGUGGGUUCAUUAACAUGAAUUGGAUUGACGCAAAUUUGGGGAAAGUAAUACUAAAUUAUAUAACGUGAUGAUUAAAAAAGCGCCUGGGGCGACUAGAGUGAAUUUAAAACAAACAAAAUGUAACUGUUAAAGUGCAAUAGUCAAGCCAGAACAAAAGAAAACAAAGACAGUACGAUAUAUUAGUACUAAAUAAAAAAAAAGUAUUACUAUUUCACGGGUUUUUAAAAAGCACUCAAUAUUGUUUUACCAAUUGCAACAAAGUAUGAAGGAGAAAUAGGAAAACUGAAAAAAAUGCGCUUACGUGGAUGUAAAGUUGAUGAUAAAAAAAGUAGAAAAUCAGACGAUAAGCAGUUAUAUGUUGAUUACCAAUAACUCGAACAUCCACCAAAUGCAGCGACUAAGAAAAUAACGUGACUUUUUGAGUGUCAAAAUCAACAUAGAAAUCGAUUUGUCCGUACGCCUAAGAGUAAAGAUAAAAAAUAAGUCCUUUCUGACAUGGUAAGUUUCAGGCUGAUUUGUAAGCGCGGAACGCGGAAUCUUUUGCCGCCAAAUUUGAGCGCACGCGAUUUUGUUACCAAAAAAUCAAGUGGUUUCUUACCGCAAGUUGACUAUUAAUAGUCGAGAGCCACUGAUGAAAAAGAAUCAAUGUAGAGUUGCAAGCAGUGAAAAGCAAGCUAGAAGUCCAAUGGAAAGGGCUGCGGAGUGGUCCAAAAAAUACGGGAAAGGGGUUCGGGGCAAUCGGUUGUAUAGAGCUUGCACCACCAGUUUGAAAUUCUGGAUUUCGAAACUUUAUCUGAUUGAAAUAGCGUGUGAAGGGGGAGGGGAUUGGUGCGCUGGCUGUCUGAAGUGAGGGAUGGGCGGGCUUGGUGUGGCUGUGGGGCCACCCCUGGGGCCACCACAGGCAGCCCAAGCCUACUGUCAUAAGUUCUAAAAAGAAAUAUGGAGGAUUUCUAUGUUGAUGUAAAAAAAAUCUAUCUUAACAAAUUGUCCCCCAACCCGGCCUGUACCGCCCGUGAGAAGCACCCAAAACCAAAAUAAAAACAAAUAAAAGCAAAUUAAUGAACACAACGACAGCCGCAACGAUAUUCAGGCAUCAUAUAACUGGUUUUGAAGAGCUUCAAACAUGCUUACUCCUUAAAAGGCUUGGCUGGAACCAUCUUGACAUAACAUAUUACAAAGUAUUCUGGGUUAUCCACCGAAUUUUGGCAUGGAAUGACCAUACAUCGUCACGCCUCUCCGUUCUUCA